AUGCCCCUGUUGGCUCCUCUGACCAAGCAUUGUCUACCUCUGGCCUCCAUUAUUUCACCAGGCCCGACAACUUCCUCAGUUUCUGUUCAUUCACACACAUCCCUGAGUGCCUCUCAGCCACUAGAGCCUUUUAUUUCCCCAGACAUCCUUUCAUCCUCGCCAGUUGCUCUUUCCUCACCCCCACUGUAUCUGCCUGAUUCAGAGGCCUGUCCUCUGACAGCCUCCUCUGCCCCACCACUGCUAGACUCCGUUUUGACUCUUACUCAGCGUGACUCCUCGAUGGCACUACCACUGGGACCUGCCCCACAAAGCUUGUUUCCACAUCCUCCUUGGUCAGCUUCUCUUAUCCCAGCUAUCUCAGGCCUUGGUCAUUCACAUGGUCCCGUUUCAGCCCUGUCCUGGUGGCAGGCUGCUGCAAAAGCCUUGUAUCUCUCAACCUCAUCAGAGUACAAGUCCCAGAAAAAGCACCUUUCCCACAACCCAGCAGGGGCCUCAUUCUGGAUAGGCCCCACAGACAGACAAGUAGAGGCUAGUAGCCCUUUUUUGCUCAGCUCUCAUGAACAGAUGCUCCUAGAUAUACAAGUGACAAAGAGAGGUGAGAUCAAGAUUUGGAAAGAAAAAGAAAAAGAUGAAUCACAUCUAAAACAAAUGAGCCCAGACUGUCACCUGAAUUCUUUGGGGAAUAUGUUGGAAUCUCUGCAUGCUGAACAGGACACCACAACCCCCCAGGCUUUCUGGAGCACAAAAGACAAACCAGGGCAGCUGCCUGGUCCUCAGCAGUUUUCAUAUCCCAAGGUCCUGGGGAACAAUCUACAGCAGAAAUAUAACCAGCUUUUCUGGGGUCUCCCUUCUCUGCACAGUGAAUCCUUGGUGGCCGCUGUUUCGAUCCCUGAGACCUCUUCUGUACCACAGUCUCCUUUCUUAUUCAACAGAAUUUCUCAUGCCUGCCCAGUUCAAAUGCAAGCUAAAAUAUCUCCACUGCUUUCCCAGUUCCAGCCCUUCUCCCAUCUAGAGUUCCAGUCUCAACCCUUUAUUCCAACAAUACCUCAAUUCCAGCUGCCUCCUCUGGCUCAGAUCCAAACCCAAGCACAUCUAAAAUCCUCUCUCCCAAUCCUACCAUCUUCUUCUUCAGCUCAGAUUAGGACCUUUGGACUGUCUUGCCCUAUAGCCCAGAAUAAGCCACAGUUUCUUACCCCAACUGAGAUUCAACAUUCAGAAUGGUCCUUGUUGCAGAAGCAACUAGAAAAUGGGAGGACUUUAUCUUCUGUAGUCAAACAAUCUGAGGAAGUCUUUAAUGUCUUCCCUUCCAACCUUCCUGAAGACAGCUGGGUGGUCUCCAUCCUUCCUGAGAAUUUUCCAAUCAGUCCAGAGCUCAGGAAGCAGCUGGAACAACAUCUCCAAAAUUGGCUCAUCCAACAUCGGUGGGAGCUGCCCCAAAGGAUCCAAGAGUCUUCAGAGAUAAGGCAGCUUCAGGGAGAAUUACCAAGCACAUGCCAAGCAAAGGGCAAGGAUAGACCCCCACAACCAUCUUCGUUUACAGGUAAAAGCAGCAAGGAAGCACAGAAGGUGAGGUUCCAGCUAAGCCAGGGUGUGGGCAAGGGCCUAGGGCAUAUUCUGGGGAAGGUUCCAAAAGAUCUGUCUAGGAAGUCAGAAAGCUCUGUAGUGAAGUUUCAGGAGGUGAACUCUGAGGAGUCAGAAAAUGACCUAAGGCUCUUGAGGAGUGACUCAGGAAUUGAUUUACUAAGGAGCUUAGAUAAGAACCUAGACAACAUUCUGAAAGGCCACUUGAGCAGGAAGCUGGGGCAGAACAGCAAGGGUUUGGUUCCUGUGAAUGUACAUCAGUCUAGCCUUGAUGUCAAGCAUCCUUCUUCCAAGUCUGAUACUCAGGAGGAGACCAGCAAUCUAGGCAUCCUGAAGGGUUGGGAACCCUGUGUGAACACCGGUUAUAGGGUUUCCUUCCUCGAUCCAGAUACUCAAGAGGAACUGGAAGAACAUAUUACAAGAUUUAGGGUAAAGCAUAGGUGGGGCCUACCUCUCAAGGUCCUCAAGCCCAUAAAUCUCUUUAAAUUGAAAAAGCCUCAACCCUCCCCCAUGCAGUUUGUCUCUGCGCCCUCAGCCACCUAUGUGCCUGAGUCCCACUCAACAGUAAAAUUUGCUGAGUUCCUCGGAAAACCUCCUCAGGCCCAUUCAAGAGAGAAGGUGAUAAAAGAAGAGUCAGUUCCCACCCUGAUAAGGCCUCUCCUUACCCCGUCACCUGUGUAUAAGGAAAAUCAGAGGGUGCUGGCAAGUAUCCCGUGUGAUGACUACCAUGGACCCUCAGAGGCUUCUCUGACUGCACUGGAGGGCAGGUCACCUUCUCAGUCCUUCAAACUCAGCGUUGUGGGAAGAACCUGGAAGACUGAGACUGUGAAAUGGACCAAGAGGGACAGCCUAGAGUCACAUCCAGGCUCUACAAUGGUCAGGAAUGAACCAAGAGAGGAGAGUGGUAGUCAGGCCUCACAAGACCCCUACCAAAGGGUAAAAAUGAUGGAGGUGAACUUAGGAUCCCAAUCUUUGAGAAGUGAAGAGGCCAGGGAAGCAGCGGAGCCCAAGGAGUCUCCUGCUUUUCAUCAACAGUCUAGAGUUACAUUGGGAACCAAAGUGUUAAAAAAACCCCAAACCACAAGUGUACAUAGGAGGAAUUUAGAGGCCCUAGGGGCCAGUAAACACUCCCCACUCACUAGAAUGUCUGUUUUCCAACAUCUAGGUGAGCCAUGCCUUAACACAGACGUUGCUAGUAAGUUUAAGUCCAAAGUAAAGGCGCCGUCAAACACCCAGCUUCAGCACUGUCCCGAACACACAUGCCUUGCUGCAGACAACUUGACUUCUCCAGUGUCUCACUGCCAUCCCCAGAGACUCCCCACCAGAGACAGAUUAGCUUCCCAGACACUACGUGGCUUUAAGGCAGCCCAAAGGAGAAGCCUAGGGCAGCAGGAGCCCAAAACUUCAAAACUUCAGGAUUCAGGGAAGAGCCAGAGCAAGAUGAGAGCCCCUACUUACAAAAGAGAGGACUGUAGGAGGCAUAAACCAGGAGAGCAUAAGGAAAGCUUCAAAGAAUUAGGGACCUCUCAAGCUGGAAAUAUGAGACGCCCUGCCCAGGUCUGGGGAAUAAUAGAGUCUUUUAAAAGCAAAUGUCUCCAAGUCAUGCCAGAGAAGAAACAGGGUCCUCAAGAAAGCCUCUUCAGAAAAAAUAUAAGGCUACUUUUAAAGUGGAUUUUCCCCAGUAGAAAAGUUAAAGGUGGUGAUGCCCUGCAAAACUGCAAGCCCAAAUCGGCCACUGCCCAGAGCGAAGGACCAGUCGAAAGCAGAUCAAUCCUGAACAGUGAGAAUGCUGAGGCUCAGGCACUUAUGACAGCUGUUGGACAGAUCCUAGAAGAAAAAAUGACAACUCACCAUGGACUUCAUGCCACAAAGUUAAAAGAACCCAAACAGGAACUCCAAGCCCCGGUAUGUAGGUGUUUCUGCUACCAUAGGCUUUCUUCCUACCCACAGCAAGGGAAAAAUAUGGGUUAUACAGCCUGUAGUCAUCAAGCCACCUCCAAGGGCCAGAGUUGUUCUUUCAGAGAAAGGGAAGUCAGACAUCAACAGAGCUCAAAAAGUGUAAGAUUCAGUGAUGAGCAGCUGAGCCCAAGGUGCCUCCCAACCUCAUUCCCCAAGAAGACUGUGAUUCCGGUCUGUCCCUGCCAUUAUGCACCAAGGAUUCCAGGUGCCCCAGUCCACCAUCAACACUGUCCAAGGCACUGUCAUCUUUGGGGAGGGGUCUUGCCUGCUCAACCAUAA